AUGUCUGAGACAAGCGCCGAAUCCCUUCGAGUACCCCCUGUACGCCCUCCUUCUUCUAUCUCAAUGCUCGCAGAGCGUCUUAAAUGUUCAAACCUACAGGACACCCCGUAUGAUCUUGGCCUUGUGGAACCUACCGAUCUCUCUGAGGCCAGAUUUGUGCGUCGUGCGCGACGUCCCAAGGCAGUAAACUUUACCAGCGAGGAAGCGUGCGACAUCAUCCCCAUUAAUCAGCAACGAUCCGCCACUCCAUCAGAUGUGGAUCGUAGUUCUGCCACCUGCGACUCUGGGAAUGAGGACUCAUCCGAAAGUUGGACCGGUGGUGCGUUUUCUCUCUCAUCAUCCUCCCGCGCCCCUGAAAAUAGUGAUGGUUUCUCAAUUGGGUUAAAACCUCAUCAGCCAACCCUACAACACUGCUUUAAUGUUUCAUGCGUUAGUUACGGAACUUGGGUCCUGCAAUGCGCUGGUAAACAGAACAGGAAACUUUCAGUCAUCAUCUGUUAUCACCUCGUAGUAUCCACAAGUGCGCCCGAUGGCCCUGCGCCGCUCUUUCCGGCGACCGUAGAUGCGGGAACUUGGUGUGAGGGAGAGAGAAAGAGUUGCUGUUUCUGUCAGCAUCGACUUGAAACAAACGAGGAAAUACCCACUCGACAGCCUCCUUCGAAGCGCUCCUGUCGUUCGCAGAGCGCAAGCUCAAACCAAAAAAUUGCGAGCACCACUGGUUCUCGCAGGACUAUCGCUCGGCCCAUUGCUCUCCGCAUCUCCCAAAGAGCCCUUUACUCGCCUGCUGCGACUAGUGUUUCCACCGCUGCCGCCACUGGCGCUAGUGCCUCCGCUCUCUCCUCCACUGCCUAUGCGCUUGUCGCCUCGGGUUGCGUCAAACUCAGAAAUGCAAACGCUGCAGGUCACCAGCUCAGUUCGGCUACCUCUCGCCUCUCUUGGCAUCAUCCAAUCGCCUGUGGUAACAGGCGCUACGUGAUCCACCCGGGACCUGCGGGCUGCACCCGCCACAGUGUGGUUUUCGGAAGCACUGUGUCCGAGCUCGUCGGAGAUGUGAGGCUGCGCAAGCCGCCUUCCUUGGCCUGUAUUUCGUCCACCUCAUCAAAUGUGACUGAUUUUAGCCACCAUCGACUGUCCGCAUUUACCCCAACGACGCAGUCGCGGCGCAUGAGCCUGACCGGUGAUGAAGGUGAGUCGACAAAUCCAAUCACUGCUUUCUUCUCUCCCGAUAUCGUCUCCUCGCCCUAUGGUGGUAUCGUCGUACCCUCCUCCACAGCUCUCUCCCGUCCUACGGUUUCUGCUGCCUCCUCGGGCUUCUUCCAGGACAGCUGCAGUCUCUCACAUUCCUCCUGCAGCAGUUCAACCAAUUCAGAUCAACACUCCACUCAGGUGGGAAACCUGGUUCAUCAAUGCGGUUUCGCCAGUAAACCCAUGGACUUGAAGGUGCCUCACAUUGAUGACUCAACAGCCAGUCUCGCGGUUUUCGAGCAGCAACAACAGCAACAGCAACAGCAACAGCUUCUUCAGCAGCAGCACCAUAGUUGCGCAAUGGAGGCGGCAAAACUACGUUGUCAAUCACAGCCGGCGGGUGCAGGAGGUGCACCUACCUGUGUUUGUGGUUCAGUUGCCUCCGCGGAGUGUCUCUCGCGUCAGGUAGGGCUCAAGCGCCGUCGCUGUAGUCACGAUGUCGGCCUCAUUUGGGAGACCGACAGUGGCGCCUUCCUCUUCGGCGCACACCAACACACAGGCUCCUUUGACAGUACCUCCUUCAAUCCUGAAGUCACUGCUGCCAAUACCGCCGUGGAAGGUGGGAUGAUUGGCCAGGAGACCUCAGUUAGCCCUCUCCGCUUGCAACAACAGCAACAGGGCCAAGCAGAUAUCUCUGUCUUCCCACAGGAUUCAGAGACUGCAUUUCUUAUGUCUUGCCGUCGAAAAGAACUAUCCGGCCUUUCUGAAGCUAGUGAAGAAGAAGAAUCUAAUGAGGCAACACUUAUUCAGCACCAAAAUCAGUCUUGUUGCGCCUUGGAAGAAUACGAUGCUGGAACCUUGACACCGCCACCUCAAACUCGUUUCCGUCCUAUUGCACCGUCACCCUCACCAGAGGAAGCGGAUACCGAGGCGGACCAUCAUCACCAUUAUCACAAUUCGUGUUCCACUGAAGGCUCUCCUUGCUCCUUUAAGGCUAACAGUGCCAACAUUGUGGCCUUCAGUGAGGAUGGCGAUGAGGAUGAGGUGGACGAUGAGGAUUCCUUCGGGGGCAUCGCUCCAGGCCUAAAUCACCGACGAAGAUGCUCUCCUAUGCAGACAGAGGAGGUUUCUGCCUCAGCAGAGAAGUUUCGAGAGUUGGACAUUGAUAUGAUCGAGCAAGACUGA